AUGGCGAACACGGAUGGCGGUACUUUUUGUAUUUUUAAAUUCCUUCUAAGAGAAAACCACCGAAUUGCUGAUGAGAUGGGAUCGAUCAACAAAUUUUGGAAAGAGCAACAGACAAACUGUACUCAUUGUUUUACCAUGACAAGCCGCAAGAAACAAGGAAAAAAGUUUCGAAGAAAUUAUAUAAUGGGGUACAUCAACAGCACGAUUGAUGAAACUUCGAGUUCCACCAGGUCCCGCAAGGCCACAAGGCCUACCGGGCACCCAGGGGCCCUGAGGACCAGAAGGACCACAUGGCCCACAAGGGGGUUACAAGGAACCAAAGGUGAUUCAUGCCCAGGGAGACGUCAAGGACCAAAAGGUUAUACAGGGGCACAGGGUCCCAAAGGUGAGGCAAGAUCACAGGGGGUCCUGCCCUAA